AUGCCAGUAGAUGAAGACGACGUCUCACUCGUACUGGUGGCGGUGGUCGAGGCUAUAGUUGUUGUUCUUUCGGUAGAAGAAGUCUCGGCUCCCAUUGUCGAGCUGCCGGAGGUCUCAGUUUCGGUUGUCGUAAUAUGUGUGGACGAAGACAAAGUGCUAAUCGAGCUGCUGCUGGUACUACUUGAUGUUUCGGCGGCUGUGCUGGAGGUAGCCUCUGAAGUCGAAGUCCCAACUGAGCUGGUGGUGGUACUAGUUGCUGUUUCGGUUGUGGUGGUGUCCAUAAUCGAAUUUGAAGUCCCAGUCGAGCUGCCGCUGGUGGUGCUUUCGGUCUCUGUUGUUGUGGUUUCGGUAGACGAACUCGGGGUUUCUGUCGAACGGGUGCUGGUGGUCUCUGUCUCCGUUGUCGUAGUUUCGGUAGACGAAGUCGAAGUCGGAGUUUCAGUCAAGCUGCUGGUGGAGGUGGUGGUUUCAGUCUCGGUCGUCGUAGUCUCAAGAGACGAAAACGAAGUCGAAGUUUCUGUGAAGCUGCUGCUGCUGCCAUUGGUAGUCUCAGACUCCGUUGUUGUGGUAUCGGUAGACGAAGCCGAAGUUUCCGUCGAAGCAGUGUUGGUAGUCUUAAUCUCUGUCGUCGUAGCAUCAAUAGACGAAGUCGAGGUUGGGGUUUCAGUUGAGCUGCUGCUGCCGCUACUACUGCUGGUCUCCAUUUCCGUUGUUGUGACAUCUGUGGAGGAAGACGAGGUCUCAGUCGAACUGCUGCUGCUGCUGCUUUCCGUCUCGGUCGUCGUGGUCUCCGUAGACGAGGUCGACGAUCCAGUCGCGUCAGUUGUCGUAGCCGUCGUGGUGGUCGUGGCCGUCUGCGAGGCAGCCGUGCCGUCCGCCCUGAAGACGAUGACGUGCGACCUGCCGGCGCCGCCGCAGUUCUCCGUCGCGUCCCCCGUGCAGGCCUGGUCGCAGUUGGGGUCGUCGUCCUGCGUGGCAGGGAGCUGGUCGCCGCAGGAGCAGGUGCCCCCCCGGAGAGACCGUAUAGGCCCUGCACUUGUCGUUGGUCUGGCCGUCGGCGGGCGUCGCCGUCGUCAGGGUCUCGGGCGUCUUGCCUUGGGAGUUGGUCAGGUAGUCGGCGGCGUAGCAGUUGUUGUCCGCCGCUUCGACCGCCGCUUGCGCGAUGGCCGCGAGAGACGCGGCGGCUAG